AUGAAACAACACUGUCCUUGCAAUAACAAGUGCUUUGAGCUAUGUAUGAAAACUUCUCAUUCUAAUCCCAUUCAGCAAAAGCAUGUGUUAAAACCUCAAACGAUGGGCUUGAAGGUUGUUGCCGUCGAUGUAAGAACUUUAUUACUAACUUCCUUUCAGCCAAAUCAUGCGACAGAGUGUCCAGCGGUAAAAAGAAAGAAAAAUCUAAAAAGCACCGAUGUAAGCAGUUUUUCACAUCUAUCUCUGUACAGCAAAGUCGCGAGGUAAAUGUAUUACUAGCGAAGAAGGUCAAACUAACGCCAACACGUUAUGUGCUAAUUCGGACAUCUCAAGUUGUAACUACAUGUUAUUUUUUAAACCCCCUUUAAGCAAAGUCAUGUUGCAAAGCUUUGGAAAAAUGCAAGGAAAGCUGUCGUCCGUCGAAGAAGCACAGAGGUAAGGUUAAUUCCUUCGAAUAUUUUUUUAAAGCAAAAUCGAGCUGCAAGGCCUCCGAAAAAAAGGCGGAUCCCCAGUGUUCCUCGGAAAUACGCAAAGGUAAAACUAAUUACUUUUCUGAUUUGUUUUUAGAAAAGUCACACGGCAAGCACUCAGUCAGCUGCUGA